UGUUGAUGGAGAAAGUACGUGUUGAUUAAUUGAGACAGUGGGCAGAUAAAACAUCGGGUACUGUACUGACAUCUGUUAGUUGUAACUUUGGCUGCGACCACGGACUUCAGUUCUGCUGUCAAAUAUUUUUUUGAAAACUGUCUCUGCUCACGGGAGAAUCAACUGAUGAUGACAUCUUGUAGUUAAAAAAUAUAUUUUUUUUAAUAUAUAUGACAUAUAGUUUUCUAAUGGAUGCGAUUCACGCAGUGGUUGAUUGUGCGUUUAUUAUUUUAUAAAUAAACAACUUUUUUGAAAAUUUAAGACGAGAUAAAUUUGUUCAUUUCACAUAUAUGAGAUUUUAACAUAAGAUUGACUUUAAGAUUUUGAUUUAAAAGUUUUGAGGGAAAGUUUGAACUGACAGCUAAAAAUUGUAAACAAUCAAAAGAAUGUCAGAGUGACAGAAGUACAGUCUGUGUAACGAAAACGCAAUAAGUAAAGACGAAACAAUGAAAAAUAAUAAAUACAAAAGCGACGAGAGUAUGGAGGAACGGUUUAGCUGGUGCACCAGCUUCAACAAAGAUCUCUGUAAUAGUAUCGCCAAACAAAAUCACACAAUUCUCGUAAAUUUAUUGUGUGUGUACAUAAAAAAAGUGUCUGAUGAAGCCGUAGAAUUUUAUCGCCAACCUGGACUGGCAGAUAAAUUAUCGAAUCACAUAAAUCGUACCCUGACUUUUUUUUAUUUUUACUGGGCUGACAUAAAAGAGCAGUGUGAUGACCAAGUAACUUAUUUGUAUUUAAACAAAAUAUCUGAUUUGCUGUCAAUUUACGUAAACCUGGAACUGACAUCAGCAAACAAUGCGACCACUAAAUUAUUGAGUACACUUUUUAUUUAUCUAGACAAUUCAACGGAGCACGUACUGAGAGUUUUAUUUAAUGCCAAGCUCACAAAAACUAAUCACCAGGUUUACGAUACGAUUUUUCGCAAAUGUUUCAGCAAGACAAGUGUCUCAGUAACGAGCGAAUCGUAUGUAUGACAGUUGCUGGGACUCAAACUCUGGAGAAGUCUCAAAGACACUCCGGAAGAAGUUGAAAAAAUCGAGGAUACUGCUGUCAAGUUACUGGGGAUUCGUCCACCGGAUUUACCGCCACCUCUAGCUGACUUAUUGCCUCGUAAUAUUUCGAACACGACUCGUGAGUGGAUGCAACAGUCGUUUGAUGCCCGUCUUCUCUGGAAUGAUUUAAUCAACCGCGAUAAUAUUAAAUCAGUAUCUCCAGUUGUUGAUGCCGGGUCCUAGCAAUUGCUCAACUUCGCCGUGGGGUCAAGAACACGACGAAGUUUUACGUAUUCGAAAGAAAGUUUUAAAAAUAGCAGACGUAAAGGACUUGGCAAGGUGAUACAUAUCGAUCUGACGGACGAUGAACCCAAAGAAACACGCGGGGAUAAAAACGUAAAUAAAAAGUCGAGAGAUAGUAAAGUGAGGAGUCUUGGGUGGUUGAAAAAAAUUGUUGAACAGGAUAAAGUUAAAAGAAAAAACGAACGAAUAAAAAGUAAUGCUGAUGUGCAGAUUGUUGAUGCCCACAGUACUGGUAAUUCUUCUGAUAUUAUAAAUGAUAAGCUACCAAAUUAUAAACCUGUAUUUGUUAAUGAAGUUAGUGAGAGUAAACCCACGAAUUUAAUGUGUCAAGAUAUAAAUAACAGUACCUCAACUCAAGCUACCGCUAAUAGUAGUAAUAAUAAUAUUAAUAAUAAUAAUAAUAAUAACAAUAGCAAACCAGAUGAUUUAUUAUUUUAUAACGAUAAAUUACUUUGUGAUGUGACUGGUAAUCAGUCUUGUUCUGGUGGGAAUAAAAGUUCAAAGGAUGUACAGGAAUUAAUUUUAAAUAAUAGAUCUAGGAAAAUUAUGGCUGAUGAUGAUAAUGAUAAUGAUUAUGAUAAACGUAUUAAUUUAAAUGAUAUUAAUAGUAUUAAUAAUUUAGAAAUGUGUCCUGUAACGACGACUGUCAGCUCGGAAGACUUGUCCGGUGAUGGUAUUUUUUGGGACGAUGUUAAUUUAUUUAAGUAUUCUGAUUAUAAAUUAGAAUUUGACAUUGAUGAUAAUUAUUCAAAUUUAAAACCGACAAAUUCAGCGGAUAAUGAUUUAAUGAGGAGAGUUAAUGAUAGUGAUGAAGUUAUUUUGAAGGAGACAGUUGAUAGUAUCGAUGAGUAUGAAAAUAAUGAAAUGCUCGAUAAUAUUUUGCAAGAUAUGCCGAUUGAUUCGAUGCCGAUAUCGAGACCUGGUAACUGGAGUUACUUGUUCGAUUGUCAUCUUGCUAAUAUUGAGUCUCCCGAUGCGAUAUUGUCCAGCACGGAGCUGAUUGACCCGAAACUUACCAACAAAAGUAAGGGUAUAAAGACUUUUUCAAAACAUAAUUACAUGGUUUCAUUGGGACUGAGUAAGAAAGAGUUAAAUGAUGAAAGAAUCGACGGCGGCGAAGAUCGAUUUGAUUGUGGAUUAAAUGAAGGGAAAGAGAGCUUUAAAAAUGAUGGGGAAAAUUUACUUACAGUUGAUAUUGAUAAGAGAGAUUUUAAUGAUUUCGCUAAACAGUCUUCCUCAGGUGUCUCCUCUACUACUUCCAUUAUUUCUAAACAAUCUGAAAUGGCCAGAGUCAAUGAUUGCGAUUUUGUUGAUGCAAAAAGAUCUAAUCGUCAAAGGAAGAUUAGGAAAAGUUGUUUGAAGAGUAAUAGUGAGCCUGCUUUGAAGAAAAAGAAGAAAAAUAAUAUUUAUCAACACGGAAGAUUACAUUUGAAAAAAGAUCGUGAUUCAAUAAAAAAAAAUUGACAAGUUAUUGGCUUGAGGAUGCAGAUUUCAACGCUUAGAUCAAGAUUACUCCAUAAAAUAAUCCAAACAGUAUUUUAUAAUUACGUGAAAAAAAAAAUUCAAUGCAAUUGCAAUUUUUUAAUACAAUUUAAUUAAGCCAACGUGUUCAGAUUUAUAUUUUAAAUUACUAUUUUAUAUAUAAAUAAUUAUAAUUACAAUUAUGCUAAACUUUUAAGCGUUUAAGGUAUAUUUAAUCAGUGCCAUUUUUAUUUUACUUAAUUGUAAUUAAAAAGUAUUUCAAACACUUAAAAAGUGCCCACUCUUCAUUAUUCAUUGGAUUAUACAUUAUAUAAUAAAAAUCUAUACUUCAUUAUAUAUUUUUUUUACGACUGAAAAACUUAAAGAAAAAAAUAUUAAUAGUAAUUUUUUUUUAAUAAUUAAUUAAUAUUUAAACUAGUGUGU